GUACGUACAAGCACGAGCACGAGCACCCCCAUCGCCCCCCACGCAAGAAAAGAAAAGAAAAAGAAGAAGAAAAAAGGGGUCAUGACCAUGACCAUGACCAUGAUCGACCGCCGCAGUCUCAGUUUCAAAGCACAGGAGCCCCCAAAACCACAAGCCCCCUGAUAGACACAGUACCUACUAACCGCCUGAUACACACCACAACAGAAUCUGCGCCGGCCUCAUGUUCUCCUGCCUCGACGCGUCCAUCGUCUCGACGGCGCUGGUGUCGGUCUCGGUCGAGCUGCAGAACUACCACGACACCCCCUGGGUCGUGCUGGCGUACCUGCUGACGUAUAUGAGUUUCGCCGUCGGCUUCUCCAAGCUGAGCGACGUCUACGGCCGCAAGAACAUCCUGGCCGUCGCGUGGCUGCUGUUCACGCUGGGGUCUGUGUGGUGCGGGAUUGCACGGCGCAUGGGGGAACUCAUCGCCGGCCGUGCCGUCCAGGGCGUGGGCGGGUCGGGGCUGUACAGCCUGGCCCAGGUGUGCUUGCUGGAGCAGGGACCCAGCCGGCCCGAGGUGGUGGGUGCGCUGGUCGGCAUCACGCUGUCUGUUUCUUUCAUCCUGGGGCCGCUGCUGGGCGGUGUCCUGGCCGAGUGGAACUGGCGCGGCAUCUUCUGCAUCCCCUUUGGUGCACUGGCUGUGCUGGGGAUCUACGCGCUCUGGCCUGAGGAGCGACGCAACCGAUACGAUGCCACGACGGCCCUCGCCAAGAUGGACUUUCUGGGUAAUUUCCUGCUGGCCGCGGCAUCGAUUCUUUUGGUGUUUGGUAUGCAGGAGGCGGGCUCUCUGGUGUGGAGCUGGUCCAGCCCGGUGAUUGUCUGCUCUCUGGUUAUUGCUGGCGUGUGUUGGGUGCUGUUGGUCGCAUGGGAGUAUUACCUCUUCCACUGGCCCAGCUCGAGCCAGAAGAUUGAACCCAUUUUCCCGGUGCAUCUCGCGAGGGACCGAGUAUACCUGAGCUGUCUAUUAACCACCCUCCUCCAAGGCCUCCCCUACCUAACCCUCACCACCAAACUCCCCGAAUACCUCCAACUCCUGCACGCCGACACCGCCCUCACCGCCGGCACCCACCUCGCGCCCAUGCUCGGCAGCUGCGCAGCCGGCUCCUUCCUCGGCGGCGCCCUCUCCAAACACCGCAACCGCACGGCCCCCACCGCCGUGGCCGGCGGCGUGCUGCAGGCUCUGGGGAACGGGAUGGCGCUAGCCCCGCUGCUAGGGUGCACGGCGGUGUACGGGCUCGGGGUGGGGCUGGGGUUCGCGGCGUGCACGAUGGUGGCGGCGACGCAGGCGCGCGGGGGCGGGCUGGCGGCGGCGCAGGGGGCGGUCGCGCAGGCGCGGGUGUUUGGCGGGGCGCUAGGGAUGGCGGCGGGGACGAUACUGCUGGAUGGGCGGUUGAGGGCGGCGGAGGUCGGGCCGGCCGGAUUGGCGGGGGGGCCGGAGCUGGAGCGGGUGGAGAGGAGUUUGAUGGCGGUGCUGGCGCUGCCAGAGGGCGCGAGGCGCGAGGUGAUGUUGUUGUUGGCGGUUGUGGCUGGGGUCGGGUUGCUGGUGAGCUUGGGCAUGUAUAAGUCGAAGCCGGGCCGGGUUGUGGAGGCUAUGGAGCACCAUAAAGAGCUCGCGGGGAGGCAGGGAGGGAGGGGGGAUGUGGAGUUGUCGAGUGUUAGUAGUGUGCGGUCUCUGGUUAGGUAGAUGUGUGUCGGGUCAUGUUUUGGGGGGGGCUUUUGAUUUGGGAUGUUUACAUUGAUCCUAGUUAGUUGUGUCGGCCACAUUCUUUUAUUCUGGCGUUUGGGUCAGGGCUGAGGAGGAGCCAUUGUCAUUUUUAUUCCAUCGUGUGUAUGAACCUAUUUUGAUGUGGCUUGUCUGGGUCGUUGUUAGCUCCAUAGUGGGCCACUUUCAAGACCAACGACUU